CAGCACCGACAGCACUGUUAACAUCAAAAUGUCUGUCGUGUCGCUUUGUUCGGUUACUAUAUCGCAUUUAAUUUAGAGAGUAUGCAACAUUUUGACCAACUUUAACAUCAAUAUAAUAUCGGUGUACGGACAAUGGAAGUGCUAGCUACGUUAAGCGUUAAAGAAUUUAACAGUUUGUGUCGGUUUUGUACGAGAAAACAGAAAAAUUUGAAACCGAUUUUCAAGGAGGAAAAUGAUGGCGGCUGCUUCGAUUUCACGAAUUCGUGCGGUGAUAAUGGCAUUGUAAAUAUGUUAAGUGAAUGUACUGGAUUAGAGACAACACCAACAGAUGGUCUACCACUGUUCAUAUGCACCGAAUGCCAUCAAAAACUACUCGACAGCCAUUCAUUCCGGAAUCAAUGUAUAGAAUCAGUCGAUAAACUGAGAAAAAUUCGACUAAAUUUUAACAAUGUGAAGAACGAAGGUGACGACGAUUCAAGUGACCACCACAAUACCUUUUUCGCCGACACAUUUGGUGAUGAUGAUGGCUGGGACCAAGAUGAAAGCGAAAAUUAUGUCGAUCCGAAAGACGGGAACUGCCAGAUAGUUGUUGAGCCAAUUGUUAAUACAAACAGUCGGACAUCCACAAGAAAACCGCCAGCCAAACGAAAAGCUCCAGCCAAACGGAAAAGCAAAGCGACAGCAAAGCGAAAAAUUGCCGCUGUGGAAGAUCAGGAAACAACGGAAGAUAUCAAAGUCGAAAUCAAUGCAGCUGCAUUGGCUGAAUCGGCCGCAGAAACUUCCGUCGAUGAACUAAAACCUGAACUGGACCCGGUGACGGGAGAAAUUGUUAUGCCAACGGUGGCCGUUGAUUCUCAAGUAAAUAAAUCAAAUCGCAAGCGAGAUCGGACGAAAGGACCGAAAGUGAAAAAGGAGAAAAAGCCCUACGUUCGGAAACCCAACAAGCCUGAGCAAUGUGACAUUUGUGGUUUUAUAUCCAGAUCUUUAAAGUCGCACAUGCUUGUGCACACUCAGGAAAGAAACUUUGAGUGCGACUUCUGCGGGAAGAAAUUUGCACUGAGAGCUAGCUUGAAAAACCAUAUCUUUGCCCACAUCAACAUAAGGCCAUACCAAUGCCAGUUCUGUGAGUAUUCGUCACUGAAUUCGCACACUGUCCGAAAGCAUCAAUUCGUUCACGUAGCUCCAACGGUUUUAGAAACUUGUCAAAUUUGUAAUCGACAAUUCAAAACCAAAGACAACUUACGAAGUCACAUGGACUCACACAAUCCGAAAAAACUCUUUUCGUGCGAUCAUUGUGACAAAACUUUCAAUAAUUUGCGUGGCCUAAAAAGUCAUAUUGGCGUACAUACGGGACAGAGACCGUUCUCAUGUGGAAUAUGCAGUAUGACCUUUGUAAAUACGUCAAGUGCCUGCGUCCACAGAAGAGUCCAUCAGAUAAACGGCAAAUUUAGUUGCGUGUGUGGCACGGAAAUUAAACACUUCAAAAUGUUUCAAAUACAUAUACGUACGCGAGGAGUUCAAGUCCAUCAGUCCCGUCUAUAACAUGUAUUUAAAAUCUAACGGUGAUCAGUGUUUUAUAGCAGAAGUGGGUUUAAAAAUCAGUUUGCUACUGAUGUUUCGAUCAAUUCUCAAUUAUUUCCUUAAUUUUUAGUACUUAAUUUAAAGAAUAAAUUUUUUCAGCAUUUUUUUGA